GCACACGUGGUCUACAGUGCGUGUGCACGUGGGAGCACACGUGGUCUACAGUGCGUGUGCACGUGUUUCCGGGUCCGUUACGCCGCGUGUUGUGUAUAGCGCUGCACUGUAUUAGCUGGAGCCGCGGGCCCCGCGUGCCUCGGUGUGUCUCCGCGUGUCUCGGUGUGUCUCAGCGUGUCUCACCGUGUCUCACCGUGUCUUUCUGCGUGUCCCUGUCUCUCCACGUGUCUCUCCUCGUGUCUCCGCGUCUCUCCCCGUGUCCCUGUCUCUCCGCAUGUCUCUGUCUUAACGUCGCUCUGUCUCUGUACUUGUUUCGGGCCCUGAGUGUCUCGAUCCGUCUUUGCGAUUCUCUGCGUGUCUUGAGUGUUUUUGUUGUCUCCCCCGUGUCUAAAUCCUCGUCUCCGUAUUUCCCCCACGUGUCUCCGUGUCGCUCCCUGUCUCCGUGUGUUUCCCCGUGCGUCUCCCACACAACCCUCGCUUCUCUCCCGUGUCUCCGCGCGUCUCGGCGUUACGCAUGCUGUCCACCUGCCCGCGUCUGUCUCGGCUCUGGCCUCUGUCGCUCUCCUUGUCUCUGUCUUUGUCUCGAGUCCUCGCCACCAUGGGAGACAGCUCGUCCCGGGUCGCGAUGGUCUCCCCGGACCGCGCCCUACCCGGCUCCGUGGAGCGCAUGGCGGUGUCCGCCAGGCACGCGGUGAACGGAAAUCCUGCGGUGGAGCCGUUCCCGGAGGGCCUGCAGCUCGCCACGUUUGGCAUGGGCUGCUUCUGGGGUGCCGAGCGAAUGCUGUGGACGCAGAGCGGAGUCUUCUCCACGCAGGUCGGCUACUCUGGAGGCUCCACGCCAAACCCGUCCUACAAGGAGGUGUGCUCAGGUGGGCGCGCCGCCUUGCUUCUUGCCGCACCGCGCGCACCGCCGCUACGGUGGCCCGCCCUCCGUCGCCCCCGCCGAAGCCGCGUUUUCUCACCGUGUUCCGAGAUUGCGCGGACGCCGUUGACGGCGCGGGCUUCCGGAGAGGUGCGCUACGUGGGGGUUGCGCGCCGUGUGCGCGUCGUUCUCUGCGAGCGUGUGGGCCUGUGGACGUGUGGGACGUGGUGGUGGGGAGCGGUAGGGGAAUGGCUUCUGCGCGGCGCUACCAGCAUGGCAACGUGUGUUCAAUUUCCUGGACGCGGCCUAAAUCUGCGGCGACAAAUCUCAACCGGUCAUAGGCGCGCCCUCCCUUCGCUCUACCCCUUCCCUGGUUGGGAGGCUGGCGGCGGCUGGUGGGGCAGCUGGAUUCACUCCACCCUGGAGACGGCGCGGAGCAAGGUGAGGAGCGAGGAAACCCACGGGGACACGGUGACACGGAGUAAACAGGAAGUAAACAUGAAGAAGACAGCACCGUGA